AUGGAUACUUCAAACCUCACUUCGCUUCCAGAGGACACUCUCGAAGACAAUGAACAACGAGCACCACAGCAACCCCGACCUCUCUCGGCCUUUGCCUCCCGCCCCGAUCGCCCUCCCACUCAGACUUCUUCACAAAAAUACUCGGCUUUAGAUUGGAAGGGGUUUUUCGACCAAGAAGAAGAUAUUAGAAUUCCGGACUCGGAUGAUGUUUUUCAUGUAUACACUGCAGGAACAGAGGGCCCAGUUGUUUUCUGUCUGCAUGGAGGUGGUUACUCAGGGCUCUCUUUUGCCUUGUCAACAAGUAAAAUUAAGGAGAAAGCUCGGGUAGUUGCUAUGGACUUGAGAGGACAUGGAAAGUCAACCACAGAAAAUGAGACUGAUCUUUCUAUUGAGACUAUGUGCAAUGAUGUUCUGGCUGUUGUGAAAGCAAUUUAUGGAGAUUCACCCCCUGCAAUUGUGCUUGUUGGCCACAGUAUGGGAGGGUCAGUUGCUGUGCAUGUUGCUGCAAAGAGAGCAUUGUCUAGCUUGGCUGGGCUGGUUGUUGUCGAUGUUGUAGAGGGAACAGCUUUGGCUUCAUUGAUUCACAUGCAGAAAAUCCUGUCAAGCAGGGUGCACCAUUUUUCAAGCAUUGAAAAAGCGAUUGAAUGGAGUGUAAGGGGAGGCUCUUUGAGAAACAUUGACUCUGCUCGGGUGUCAGUACCUACGACAUUAAAGUAUGAUGAUUCAAAGAAAUGUUACAUUUACAGAGCACGAUUGGAAGAAACAGAACAAUAUUGGAAAAGCUGGUAUGAAGGUCUUUCAGAAAAGUUUUUGUCAUGUCCAGUUCCAAAGCUCCUGCUGUUAGCUGGAACAGACCGACUGGACAGAGCUCUGACAAUUGGUCAAAUGCAAGGCAAGUUCCAAAUGGUUGUUGUAAGACAUACUGGGCAUGCCAUACAAGAAGAUGUACCUGAUGAAUUCGCGACACUAGUAACUAAUUUUAUAUCUCGUAACCGCAUAGGCCCUCGCGGAGUUGAGUAUCAUGCCUUCAAAUAUGUUCCUCACAAACAAUGA